GUAAUCUCGAGCAAACACGACGGCCAACAAUCUUUUCCCGUAAAUAUAUACGUUAUUGUCAUCGAGGUAAGGUCGAUUAACUAAAACUGUGCAACGGCUUCCCAAAACGUAAUGCACGCUGCGGCAUUAGAGACUCUACCAAGGUUGGUGAAGUCGGUGGCCUCCGUGAGACAGUAGCGAUGCUGUCUCGAAAGUGAGUUCAUGGCUGUUUAUAGAACGCGGAAGAAAGUAAACGAACCCGUGUAAUCUGUUUAAAACGACGAUUUUCAUAAAAUAUGAAUGUCAUUGUGUUUUCUGCAACGGAAACAAUUAGGUUACGUUGACAAGAGGAGCGCAGUUCUUUAGAAGUACUGAACUACACGAGCAAUUUGCACGUUUAUUGACAGAAGAAUCAAGAUGAAAUAUGAUUGCUUGAACAUUCAUAUGAUGACGUUAAAUAAUCACUAUGUAGCUCUAACGAAUUAUCUCGUACAAAUUGGGUGUUACAUAUUUGUACAUACAAGCAGUGUAUAAAGCAAUCUGCUUACAUUCGCAAAAUGCCACACAUAACACGAAAAUGGGAACUUUUCCCAGGCAGAAAUCGAUUUUGUUGUGAUGGUAGAGUAAUGAUGGCACCACAAACUGGAGUAUUUUACGUGACUGUGUGCCUCAUAGCUGGAACAAGUGGAUUAUUCUUUGCUUUCGAUUGUCCAUUUUUAGCAGUUCAUAUAACACCAGCUAUACCAGUUAUUGGUGCUCUGCUAUUUAUUUUUGUAAUGUCUGCUUUGUUCAGAACAAGCUUCAGCGAUCCUGGAGUUAUUCCAAGAGCAACGCUUGAUGAAGCUGCUUAUAUUGAAAAACAAAUUGAGGUACCAAACAAUGGUAAUUCUAAAAUGUAUAGACCCCCACCUCGAACAAAAGAGGUAUUAGUCAAAGGACAGCCAGUGAAGUUAAAAUACUGUUUUACUUGUAAAAUAUUUAGACCGCCAAGAGCUUCACAUUGUAGCUUAUGUGAUAAUUGUGUAGAGAGAUUUGAUCAUCAUUGCCCAUGGGUGGGUAAUUGUGUUGGCAGAAGAAAUUACAGAUAUUUUUAUGCCUUUAUUGUGUCCUUGGCAUUUCUUUGCGUUUUUAUAUUUGCAUGCGCUGUUACACACUUAAUAAUGCUUACAAGAGAUGAAAAGCCAUUUUUAGAAGCAGUAAGGAUAUCUCCUGGAAGUGUUGUUGUAGCAGUUAUAUGCUUUUUUUCUGUUUGGAGUAUUCUUGGUCUUGCUGGUUUUCAUACAUAUUUAACUACUAGCAAUCAGACAACUAACGAGGAUAUUAAGGGAUCAUUUUCCAUUAAAACAGGACAAGAAAGUUUUAAUCUGUAUAGCCAAGGAAAUAUAUGUGGAAACUGUUUCUAUGUAUUAUGUGGACCAGCACCACCUAGUUUAAUCGAUCGAAGAGGUAUAGUAACACCUGAAUAUCGUGCAGAACAAGAAAGAGUUGGCGGUGACAGUGUAAUUACUAAUAAUAAAACGUAUGGUACAGUGAAAAUCGUACAACCACAGUCUAAUGGUACAACCGUUCAAGCAAAUCCCAGCCCCGAUCUCACAGGUUCCAUGAAUAAUCUCGUUUCUGGGCAACAUUCACCACAAAUUGAAUCGAUAAACGGUGAGUUAAGCCUUCUAAGGCAUACUGCGCAUUAUCCCGAGGAUCUUCCAAAAUAUCCGCGUCACUAUAUUAAUGAUAUCUAUGCUCAGGCAUAUGCGCGGCAACAUUGUUUUCAGGAACCUAUGAAACAUGUAAAGUAUGAUACAGAAAUAGCAAAUCCAGAUUUUCAAAAAUAUCCGUGUAGGUGUGAAGAAAAUUUACAUAAAUAUUCUCAUAGGUGUAGAGAAGAGUAUCAUAGAUGCUCAGAUAAUAAUUUAAUAUACGACCAGUGUGUCGGCGAUCAAAAAUAUGGUAGUACCACAAACAGCGUGAGUCAACUUGUUACCAAUGAAGUACCAUUAGCAUCACUUAAUAUAGCUCCAAUUGAUAUCGAUGAAAUUGCUCCGUUGCCUUCCCGUCAAAGUGUUGUGGUUUCAUCCACGUUAGAUACGUCCUCUAUACCUUCGGUAACUGUAACAACACCUUUGUCUGCAUCUAGACUUAGAUUGUUACAAGAUACUACCAUGAUAGAGUCUGCUUUAGACUUAGAUUCGUUGGAAGAUGCAAGUGUUGGUAGAGGCAGUCAAGCAGGACUUAUAAAAAUGGGAGCAGUCUAAAUCUAUCUUUAUCUAGCUAAAUCUACUUAGAUUAUAGAUUAAGUUUUUAUCUAGUUAGAUUAUAGCUUUUAAAGUCCUCUACGCUUACCAAAGAAUAGUGCAGUUCGAAUUCCAUUUCUUUCUCACUGUAUUCUUUAUAUACUUUUAUAAAAAUUUAAUAAUACUGUAUACUUAUGACAUAUAGAUACACAAAGCUUAUGCAUGGGUAAAAGAGUGAAAUUAUUAUUAGGUUCAGUUACAAUUUGGUUAAAUUUUAAUUAAUUUAAUAAAAGUUGAGUGUGGUAAUGUAACAUAUUUUUAUUUUUGAUCUGCACUAUUCAUUCAUUAUAUUUAGCAUUGUUAAUUCCAUUCCAGCCAUUCACAUCUUUCUUUUUUCAUUAUAUAAAGUUAAUAAAUGAAAAUAUUCUCUAUUACAUAAUAGUUAUGUAUAAAAGAACAGAUUAUAAAAAUGUGGUGAUUUAACAUAUUAUGAUAUUCUUACUAUUAUAUAUAAACAGAUGAUAUGUGGGUUAAGGAAAAUGUAUUACUUAAUCAUCUUUUAACAUAAAUUUAUAUACAUAUUUUUAUGUUAAUAUAAACUCUAAUUUCUUAUUUUUAUCAUGCAAUGUAUUAGAAUAAUAGAUUUCACUUCUAACUGGAAUAAUAUCUAUAUUUUAAAGACUUUAUCAAAUAAAGAUUUUUCAUUAAAUAUUGAAUUGAAAAUACGAAGAAAAAGUGUGGUAGUUAAUGUAUAUGCAAAUUAUAAUAGAACUAUUAAAAAAGAAAAUUUAGAAACUAUAAUUCUUUAUUUUAUUACUAAUUGCUACUAGUAUAAAAUAUUUAAUUUUACUUUUCUACAUUGGUGAACAAGUAUUGUCUUGUGUAGUCAAUUUGCUAUGUACAGUGUAAAGAGACUUUUGUAAAUACAAGAAUUUUCAUAAACGUUAGUAUAGUUUUGCAGGCAUUUGAACAAUUUGUUAUAAGGCAAUGUGAAUUGAAUCAAGCAUUUUCAAAA